CCGCUAACGCGGGGGGGGACGCCAAGCCUCGCCUCGCCCCCACCGGGCCCGGGGGGCCCAGCCCGACCCCGCGCCAGCCGACAUCGCCCCGCAGCCGUCGCGGUGGCAACGGGUGGGCGGUGAAGCGGCUCCUCUCGGGAUUCCCCGGGGCGGGGCCCGUGCGCCUGCCCGGUUCAUCGACGUCACCGUUCACGCUGCGUCAGGUGGUCCGUGCCGGAAGCGCGGAGAGGAAGGCUCGAGCUGCCCGGUGGCUCCGCGGAGGGGCCAUGGCGGCGGGGUAUCAGUACAGGCCCAACGGCGGCGGCGGCGCCGCGCUGCCCGACCCCGCCUUCCUGUGGAACGUCUUCCAGAGGGUUGAUAAAGAUAGGAGUGGAAUAAUAUCUGAUAAUGAACUUCAGCAGGCAUUAUCCAAUGGCACAUGGACUCCCUUCAAUCCAGCAACAGUCAGGUCAAUUCUUGGCAUGUUUGAUAGAGAAAACAAAGGUGGCGUGAACUUCAAUGAAUUCACAGGAGUCUGGAAGUAUAUCUCGGACUGGCAGAAUGUCUUUCGAACAUAUGACAGAGACAAUUCUGGAAUGAUUGACAAAAAUGAACUAAAGCAAGCACUAACAGGUUUUGGUUACCGACUGUCUGAUCAAUUCUACGAUAUCCUUAUUCGGAAAUUUGACAGACAAGGAAGAGGACAGGUUGCUUUUGAUGACUUUAUUCAGUGCUGUGUUGUUUUACAGAGGCUGACUGAUGUGUUCCGCCGUUACGAUACUGAUCAAGAUGGCUGGAUUCAGGUGUCCUAUGAGCAAUAUCUUUCCAUGGUCUUCAGCAUCGUAUGACACUGUUAACUAGGAGCUGCACAUUGGCAUUACACAGACUGGAGUUGCCAAAUCAUCCUGUACUGAAUAAGAUUAUUGAUGUAUUAUAAUGGAUGUAACUUCACAUUCUUAAAUUUUGUAUGUUGGUCAUCACCUUCAGAAUCAAGUACUUGAGUUGGUUUUUAUUUUGUAUGACUGUACGAUAUGGCCAUCUCUGCUUACUGUAGUACAGAAAGCACAGAAUCUAGAUUUAACUGGUGCAAUGUCAAACUUAACCUUCUUCCACAUAUCCUGCAUGGGGAAAAAUGACUCUUUAGAAAUGCCAAAUUAAAAUAAUGCUUGUUAGUUUAUAAGGGAGUUGAAAGUCAGAAGUUGCACAACAUGUUUUGCAUGUGCCUUACUUUUAUAAGAGUUUAAUGUAUUAAUUUUUAAUACAGAAUUUAAAAUUAAGUAAAAUUAAGUAAAAAUACUAGAUCGACUGUUACAGUCUACUUUACUUUUGUACAGCUUAUUUUAAAGGAGUGGUGGUUUUAUUUCUGUAGUCUAAUUUUCUAUGGUUUGGGGGUCCCUCUCACUGAACAGCGAUGGCCUUUUUUCCUUGCCUUAUCUUUUGAUUUUCUACCUGCCUCCUUUCAGGGUAUCCUUGGGACAUCUUCAACUAGAACUUCUUCACACCUGUGUCCAAUACCACAUCUUGCUCAGCAAGGUCCCUACAAAAAUAAACUUUAUCUAACUACUCUGGA